UGGAGGCACUCAGGAGACAGUCAAGAUCCAUCGCCGCCCGGAGAUGUCGGAAAGUCAAGUUUUUAGCCGGGGGCGAUCAUGACAGGAACAUACCGGAGAUCGAAAGCGCGUACGAAGAUGAGGAUCAGUUCGCCAGGGGCGGCACAACCCCUGGUGAAGACAUCGAUGAAGAGGACGACGGUCAAGGAGGUGGCACAAACAAUUUUCCCUUGAGAAUGGCGUCCGACACAACCAGGGGUCGAAUCACCGCCGUCGCGGGCGGCUUCCUACGAGGCUCCGCCGGGCAGCACGUGAACUUCGACCCCGAGGCGCCUCCAUUGCCGCCAACACAUGUUGUACAGACGACCUGUCUGCUCGAACGACCGGAAAUUGACAAGAAAGUCAAGAGGCACAGUAUACACGGCAUGAUGGAGGAAGAGAACGUCGUGAGACCUCAUCAGGAAAUGGCCAGCCUGUCGCUUCAGGAAAAGAAAUAUCUUCUCGCUGUCGAGCGCGGAGACGUGGCUUCCGUUAGAAGAAUGCUCCAAAAAGCCCACGAGGCCGACAUUAACAUUAACUGCGUGGAUCCUCUCGGACGAUCGGCCCUCCUCAUGGCGAUCGAUAAUGAAAAUCUAGAGAUGGUGGAGCUUUUAAUAGAGCACAAGGUCGAUACCAAGGAUGCUCUUCUUCAUGCUAUCUCCGAGGAAUUCGUUGAAGCAGUGGAGGUCCUUUUAGAGCAUGAGGAGACCCUUCACAGGAAUGGCGAGCCACACAGCUGGGAGGCUCUACCUCCUGAUACAGCCACGUUCACGCCAGACAUUACGCCAUUGAUCCUGUCGGCCCACAGGGACAACUACGAAAUUAUAAAAAUUCUCCUAGAUCGUGGAUCGAUUCUGCCGAUGCCACACGAUGUUCGCUGUGGAUGCGACGAGUGCGUGACAUCGAGAAUGGAGGAUUCCCUGAGGCAUUCGAGGAGCCGAAUAAACGCCUAUCGGGCAUUGGCGUCGCCGUCUUUGAUAGCACUGUCGUCUAAGGAUCCUAUCCUGACUGCUUUUGAACUCUCUUGGGAACUUCGACGACUUUCGUUUUUGGAGCACGAAUUCAAGUGCGAAUAUCAGGAACUCCGAAGACAGUGCCAAGACUUUGCAACCGCAUUACUGGACCACACUAGAAGUUCCUACGAGCUUGAAGUCCUGCUAAAUCACGACCCAACGGGACCAGCUUUUGAGCACGGAGAGAGGAUGCAUCUUAACCGCUUAAAAUUAGCCAUUAAGCUAAGACAAAAGAAGUUCGUAGCGCAUCCUAACGUGCAGCAGCUACUGGCAUCGAUCUGGUACGAGGGUCUGCCGGGGUUUCGAAGGAAGAACAUGUUCCUCCAGGCGCUGGAGAUCGUCAGGAUCGGCGUCCUUUUCCCGUUCUUCAGCGUAGCUUAUAUUAUUGCACCCCAUAGCAUGAUCGGCAAAACCAUGAGGAAGCCAUUUAUCAAAUUCAUCUGUCACUCUGCGUCAUAUUUCACUUUUCUAUUCAUGUUAAUACUGGCUAGUCAGCGGAUAGAGAGCGUGAUCGGUAAUUGGAUGGGACACGAUGUCGUGGAGCACGAACCAGCGCCGACGAAAAGAGGUGCCGCACCAACGAUUGUGGAAUGGUUUAUAUUGGCCUGGGUGUCGGGAUUGAUCUGGUCGGAGGUGAAACAAUUGUGGGAUGUGGGCCUGGAGGAAUACGUGAACGAUAUGUGGAACGUGAUCGACUUCGUAACGAAUUCGCUAUACGUAGCCACAGUGGCGCUCAGAGUCGUAGCUUACUACAGGGUGCUAAAGGAGAAUAAGGAUCAGGUGCCGGGUUCGGUGAUCGAACUCCAGCGUGAGCAGUGGGACACUUGGGACCCGAUGCUCAUCUCUGAGGGCCUCUUCUCCGCCGCUAACAUCUUCAGUUCGCUAAAGCUCGUCUACAUAUUCUCCGUGAAUCCUCAUCUCGGUCCGCUGCAAGUUUCCUUGUCGAGGAUGGUCAUGGACAUUAUGAAAUUCUUCUUCCUCUACGUGUUGGUCCUCUUCGCUUUCUCGUGUGGUCUCAAUCAACUUCUCUGGUAUUAUGCCGACAUGGAGAAAAAACAGUGCCCUUCAGCAAUGCCAUAUGCUACUAAUGUUAGCGCAAUCAAUGCUGAUCCUAACGCGUGCACUGUUUGGCGUCGAUUCGCAAAUCUGUUUGAGACAAUACAAACGCUCUUCUGGGCGGUUUUUGGCCUGGUGGAUCUCGACAGCUUCGAACUAGACGGUAUCAAGGUAUUCACUAGAUUCUGGGGCAUGUUAAUGUUUGGUACUUACUCAGUUAUUAACAUCGUCGUCCUCCUGAAUCUCCUGAUUGCCAUGAUGAAUCAUUCCUAUCAACUAAUCUCGGAACGCGCUGACGUCGAGUGGAAGUUCGCGAGAAGCAAGCUCUGGAUCAGCUAUUUUGAGGAAGGCGGUACUGUUCCACCACCGUUUAACAUCAUACCGACACCGAAGAGCGUCUGGUACGUCGCACAAUGGAUAUAUCGGAAGCUCUGUGGACACAGCAGAGCAGCCAAAAAGGAGCACAUGCGAACAAUCAGGCGAAAGGUCAAACAAGCUUCCGAGCGGGACUUUAGAUAUCAGAGUAUCAUGAGAAAUUUGGUGAGGCGAUAUGUAACGGUGGAACAACGUAAAGCGGAGGGCGAGGGUGUCACGGAGGAUGACGUGAACGAGAUCAAACAAGACAUCAGUGCGUUUCGUUGCGAGCUCAUCGAGAUACUGAAGAAUUCCGGCAUGAACACUUCCACUGCAGCGAGCAGCGGUACCGACGGUAGCCUUAAAGAGCUGUCCGUAGGUGCGGGUGGCAAGAAAAACCGUCAGAAGGAGCGGCGUUUAAUGAAGGGUUUCAACAUCGGGCCACAGCCGGGCGGAAGCAGCACCCUACCGCCCGUAGCUGAAUUCAUCGCGUCCCUUCAGCAAGCACAGCAUGAGAAUUCUCAUCAUGACUUAUUUGGCUCAACCCUGAGUGGCAUAUUUGGACCGGGCACAACUCCGAAGAAGAGCCCACAUCAUAUCAGCACUAAUAGCGUACCCGGGCUAGCUACAGGGUCGCGACAAAGCCACAGCACCAGAAGUAGCUCUCGGAAGAAGCGUUGGGGCACUUUGAUCGAAGCUGCGAAAGCUGGAAGGGUCUCCAGACUAAUCGGUAGAUCUCGUUCUGAGGACUCGGUAUAUUCGCCGGCGUCCGAGGACGGCGGCUCACGAUCCGAAGGCUCCUCGGACUCGAAGUCCUCUUUGGAGGGUGCUAGUCACGAUGUACAAAACUCUCAGCAUCCCCCUCACUCUCAUUCUCAUCACGCACAUCAUCAGGCACAGCAUCAAGAGGCGCAUCACAUGUUUACCCACGGCCUGGGCCCAGCUCUGGCCGCCCUGAGGAAGAAGCGCAAGAAGUUCUCCGCUUCGAGGUCAUCUACGCCCGCGAUGACUAGCAGCACCAACACGAAUCCCGCAGACUCGAGCACGACAUCUUCGGUCGCCACCGUCCUGGCGGCCAGGAUCUCCUCGAAGAAGCAACUGCAACGCGCCAGCAGCGUGCCCACUCGGGGUCCCGAAUUAACGCCGCAUUCGUCAAUAACGACGUCUCGACGGCACGAGGUUACGCAGAGCCAGCAACCCAGUCUCGACGUCGUCGAAAUCGCCAUCAGCGAGCACAUUAACGCGCAACAAGGUGUUAUCGUUCCACUGACACCGUCGACCACCGAAGAGAGCGUAGUGGCGAGUGGCUCGACGUCGAUCACGGCAAAGCGAAACGGAUCGGCGACACAGCUGCAACGUCUUCCCGGCAUCGAGCCGAUUUCCGGCCAUGACGUGUCCGCCGGCUGGCUCUGAGGAAACGGAUAUGUCGCCAACGGGCGGCGGCCGACCAGCUGACACAGGAAGCAUCAAUCGGAACUCAGCUACGAGCUUCGUUUACAACGGCCAUGAGGCUAGAACGACGUCGACGACGAUCGCGCAUGCAUGCACGCACGCAUGCGGCACGACCGUCCCGACGUCGGCAGACGCACAAUGAUGCCUUUCUCGCGAUGCGACGCGCCAUGCCGAUUAAACGUAAGAGCGACGUCGAUCGGAAAUCUCGAAGAAAUCCCAUCUUUCAUUAGGAUCUCAUCCUCUACCCUUCACCAAUCCUUUUACUACGAAUACUUCCUUCAAUGAAAUAA